AUGCUUCCCUGGAGGAAGAACAAGUUUGUUCUGGUCGAGGAUGAAGCCAAGAAUAAACCCAAGAGCCUGGGGACCGGGCUGACCUACCAGUCCAUCCUCUCCUCGCUGCUGCGCUCCUGUCCGGACCUGCUGCCGGACUGUCCCUUCGACUGGGUGGGCAACAUCUUCCAGACCAAACGGCAAAAGGUGGAGCUGAACAAAGAGGAGCCUGUUUACAAUGUGCGCUACCUGGGGAGUGUGGUCACCAUCACGGCCAAGGGACCCGGCUGCACGCAGGAGGCCGUUGCCAAGAUCUGGGCGAGGAGCAACUACGGGGAGCAGAGUAUCAAGAUGAGGUUAUCGGUGGGGCCACAGGGCAUCAGGAUGAGCGCUGACAAAUCUGGGAAGAAGAAGCCCCAGCAUCUUUACUCCCUGAACAGAAUCACCUGCUGCAGCGCCGACCCGUCCCGGCCCAAGAUCCUGGCCUGGAUCUACCGGCACCAGGUCAAAAACAUGGCCGUGGUGCUGCGGUGUCACGCCGUCCUGGUCAGCAAGUCGGAGAAGGCCCGAGCCAUCUCCCACAGCCUCUACCAGAACGCCACCUCCGCCUUCAGCGAGUUCAAGCGGCUGAAGCGGCAGAGUGAUUUCCGGCACUGCCAGCAGCAGCUGCUGGGAGAGGAGGCGGUGCCCCUGAUGCCACUGAGGAGGCUGCUGAACGGGCAGUGCCACUACCGCCCGCCUGCUGACAGCCCCGGGAGCGCCACCCGCCUCGGCUCCAUCACAGAGGAGGAGGAGGAGGAGGAUGACGACGAGGACAACAGAGAUGAAAAGCUGGAGGUGGAGGAGCUGUGGGAGAAACAGAGGAUUUUCACAACAAACACAGACCCGACUCAGCUACUGUCAGAGUUGGACCUCGGGGAUAUUGCCAGAUUGGAGCAGUGCCAAAUCAACUUUGUCAGCGACAUCAACAACAACACGUUUUCGUUUAUAACCUCUCUGGUGUGA